AGGAGCACGCUCCCGAAACAAGAACAAAAACUGGUGGCCAAAACACACAUUCAUGCACACAAACAACUUACCACAGAGGUAGAGCAACCCAGCCUACCUCCACCUUCUCUUCCCUUUUAGGAAACCUAAGUGGAGAUUUUAAGAGGAGGAUACCUUGUGGGGCUGAACAGGACUGAGACAGUCUGGUAGAAAAGCUGGUUGGACUCCACUGCCAGCAUGCUCCGACAGUCUCUGAGCAUCCUGAAGCAGCUUGGCUCAGCAGCAAAGUCACAAGAUGCCACUGAACUUCUACAUGAAGACCUGGUUAUGGUGGAGCAGCGGGUGGAGCCAGCCAGGAAGGCAGCACAGGUCCUCUAUAAGAAGCUGCAGGGCUGCAUGCAGAGUCAACCAGGACUGGAAGCUGAAAAACGAAUGAAAAAGCUUCCACUGAUGCUGCUGUCUAUCAGCAUGGCAGAAAGCCUCAAAGACUUUGAUGCAGAGUCCUCACUCAGGAGAGUGCUGGAGAUGUGCUGCUUCAUAGAGAAGAUGCUGGCUAACAUGUUGGCAGACUUUGAAAUGAAAGUGGAGAAGGAAGUUCUGGAGCCUCUCAAUAAGCUCAGUGAGGAUGAUUUGCCAGAAAUCCUGAAGAACAAGAAGCAGUUUGCAAAGCUCACUACAGACUGGAACAAUGCCAGAAACAGGAGUCAGGCCAGCACUGGUCCCCAGGCAAAGCAGGGUGGCCUCAGGGAGGAGGUGGAAGAAGCUUGGAGAAAGUUGGAGAGCAUCAAGGACCAGUACUCUGCAGACCUGUAUCACUUUGCAACUAAAGAAGAUGAUUAUGCUAAUUAUUUCAUCCGUCUUCUCGAGCUGCAGGCAGAAUAUCACAAAAAUUCACACGAGUUUCUGGACAAAACUAUCAGUGAGCUCAAAGAGAAUCACAGUCAAAAAGGGCCGGGACAAAGCCUGUCUAAACAGAAAGUCUAUGGGGAGCCUCUACUCUCACAUCUGUCUCAAAGCAACAGAGAAAUUGCAGCACCUAUCCAGGAGUGUAUACACAUGUUGCUGAAAACAGGCAUGAGAGAGGAGGGUCUGUUUCGUCUGGCUGCGGCAGCUUCAGUAGUAAAGAGGCUGAAGACUUGUCUGGAUCAAGGAACCGUUGACCACAGCGAGUUCAGCAUGGACCCUCACGCUGUGGCUGGAGCGUUGAAGUGUUACCUCAGAGAACUUCCCGAACCUCUAUUGACCUCGGAACUCUACAGUGAUUGGUUUAAAGCAGCAGGGGAAAAGGACCUGACAGAGAAGCUUGAGCAGUUCAAGGUACUACUGAAGAAACUACAACCUGAAAACUACAACAACCUCAGGUACCUGGUCCAGUUCUUGUCUCUGUUGUCUGAGCAGCAGGCUAUAAACAAGAUGACACCCAGUAACAUUGCCAUUGUGCUGGGGCCAAACCUGCUCUGGCCACAAGCUGAGGGGGAAGCUGCUCUGUUUGAUAUGGCUUCAGCUUCGUCAGUCCAGGUGGUGACGGUCAUUGAGCCUUUAAUUCAGUACAGCUCAAGCCUUUUUCCUGAGGCUGAAUCCUUUGAGAUCCCAGAAUUACCUGAGCUUCCAGAAGUACCUGCUCCUGCUUCCCAGUCUUUCUUCCCAGUGAAAGAGAAACUGUGCAGAACAGUUUCCUCCUCUUCAUCCACAUCCUGCUCCUCCUAUCACUUCCCUCUCUCCAUAACAAGCAGCACAGCCUCUCAAGACAGCGGUGGCUUCUUCCUGGUGAAAUCCGGCUCUGUGAGCAGUCGCAGUAGCAGCACAUGGGGAAACCCAGCAGCUGAAAAAACAGCACCAGCACAUGACAACUCAGCAUCCAACAGCUCAUCCUGCCUAGAUUCAGUUCCUCUUCCCACAUCCAGUGUUUCUGAUGGAUGCAGCUUGACACCAAACCAGAAGCCGACCCCGCCUCCUAGAGCAUCAGUGCCAAGCUCGGGUCAGAUAAGGAAUUUGGUGCAGAAGCCGAGCUCAGAGCAGAGCCAGCUGGAGCCAAUCUUGGAGGCACCACCUGAUUCUCCGAGAGCAUUUGUAAAAAUCACAUCACCAUAUAAACCAAAAAGAUCUUUCAACACAUCAAAAGCUAACGACCAGGUGACAGUUCAGUACUCUAAACCAAGAGUCCUGGCACCACCCAAGAUGCAGGCCCCUCCACCACCAACCACAGCCUCGGCUGCAGACACAAGCCCUGACAUGAAGCCUGCAGUGGGAGCUCCACCUCCCUGCGUCAAAAAACCACUGAAAAAGAGUGGAGUCAAAGCACCAAACUGCCCGCCACCUCUUCCUCCACCAUCACAGCCAAAGGCGGUUCCUUCUAUAGCACAGUGAGGAUAUUGUGGGGAAACAACAAACCUCUGGUUACAUUUGCAAUAUUGAGUUGAAAUGUUGUAGCUUAAUGAAGCUUUUGUAGGAGGAGGGUCUUUGUAAGCAGCAUCAUUUAUUUAUUCUAUUGUACUUUAUUUCCCACAUCUUUAUGUUAAAAAUGAAGAACAAACUAACAAUAAAUUAAUGCACAUAUACAGAACAGUUUUGCAGUGUUUCUGGGUAGAAUGUUUCAUUCUACAAAAAUAAAUUAUAAUUU